CCUGAUUGGUCAGUUUACACCCAUGCCAAGGAAGUGCAAACAGUUCUUCCGGUCAGUGUUUGGUUUGAAUCGAAGAAGAAUGCCAGUAAGGAGGAUAUUAGAGGCACUUUAGUCAACAAGAUGAAGAUCAAACAACGUUCAAAAACUAAACCACUGCACAAAAAAACCAUGGGGACUAAACGCCAUGGAAACCUGGGUAUAACACAAACAGAACAUGAACCACAAUCAGGUGAUGACUCUACCGGCAGAGAUGAAUCAGAUUGUACCCAAGCCCUCUCAAAGAGCACCAGUUCAACUCAUCAUUCAGAUUCUAGUCCACUCCACAAGGAUCCUGUGGUAGUGCUAACCAGGUUGGCUGAGGUGGUGGUUAAGACACUUCUGAAAGACAUUAAAGUGUGUUUGGUGAAGGAGGAGACGGAUGUCAGGAAGGAUGAAGACGACCAUGGAGGUUCUCCUCAGUUCUUUCCUUGUCCACACUGCACCAUCUCCUUCACUGACUGUUACUUCCUGGAGAACCACAUCAAGACCAAACACCAGAAGCAGUACCUGGCCAUGUUGAAAAGCCAAGUCUCAAAGAGUAAAAGAGUGUACGGCCCCACACACAGCUGUCCCCACUGUAGCUGCAUGUUCCAUACACCACGACAGCUAGACAUCCACACCCGCCAGGCCCACCCCUCUGACCGUCCCCAGAAACCUGCCCCUCCCCGGAGAACUGGCCGUCCCCACAGGGUUCAGGAGAAAUUCCACACCUGCCCACAGUGUUCCCGCAGAUUCAAGUACCUGGGCAGCCUGCUGAAGCACUGCAAGAGUUUGCACAAAAUGGCCGUUGUUCUCACCGAUGGACACAUCAGUUGCGCAAACUGUGAGAAGAGCUUUGAGAAUUGCUGGGGUCUGGGGCCUCACCGGUGUCAUGAACCAGAGGGCAAUAAACCUAAGGACGCUAAACAGAUGGUCUGUAAGGAAGUCGGCUUCCAAUGCUUAGAUUGUGGCAAGAUCCUCACUACUCCUACGAGCCUGAACACUCACAUGCGCAUCCACACUGGAGAAAAGCCUUAUGUCUGCAAGGAGUGCGGCAAGCGCUUCUCAGGUACAGGCGCUUACCGUUAUCACUUGUUAAUACACAAUGGGGUCAAGCCAUUCAAAUGUCAGGACUGCGGGAAGGAUUUCAAACAGAAGUACCUCCUCAGGAAGCACAUGACUGUUCACUCUGGUGAGAGGAAGUACUCCUGCUCCCAAUGCGACAGGCAGUUUGCAUACCGGGAGAGUCUGAAGCUUCACCUGCGCACACACUCAGGGGCGAGACCUUUCAAAUGUACUGUGUGUGGUAAAGACUUUGCUGACAAAGGUUAUCUGAAGAUGCAUCUGAAGAUCCACAACAACCAGAAAAACUACCAUUGUGGGGUUUGUGGGCAGAAGUUCAUAAGGAUUGGGGUGCUGAACGUACACCUGCGCUCACACACCGGUGAGAGGCCUUACCACUGCACAGUGUGUGACAAGCAAUUUGCCCGACUCGACCACCUGAAGAACCACCAGCGCACUCACACAGGUGAGAAACCAUACACCUGUACCGAGUGCGGUAAAAGCUUCACUCAGUCUGGAGAUCUGACUAAACACAAGCGCCUCCACACUGGGGAGAGGCCAUUUGAAUGUUCUGAAUGCCACAAACGCUUUAUCUGCUCUGCUUCUCUGACCCUGCACGUGAGGACCCACACUCACCGUGACGUAAAGCCAUACUCCUGCCAAGAGUGUGGGAAGAGCUUUUAUGAACAGAGUCAUGUGAACGGCCACAUGAAAAUCCACAAGGGGAAACGUUUUUCCUGCCCCCACUGCUUUAUCAGCUUUGCUCGCAAGUCCAACCUCUCCAAACACCUGCUUAGACGUCAUAAACCUAAAUGAUAAUGAUGUAUUUUUUUUAACCUUUUAUGAAACUCAGUUACUCUUAUGAAUUAAUAGGAGGAGAGUCUGAUCUCUUUAGUCAGUGAUCGAUGUGUGACAACAAAUGCUAACAAAAUUUUGCCCUCCUGUUUAUGAUAACGCCACAAUGUUUUAGCAGUCCUCCAGUUGGGUCACACAGUGAGCUCCAUGUAUUGGCACAGUGACAUGUUUUGUUUCUCUUGCAGCACUUUGGAUUCCAAAUUAUACACUGCUCAAAAAAAUGAAGGGAACACUAAAAUAACACAUCCUAGAUCUGAAUGAAUGAAAUAAUCUUAUUAAAUACUUUUUUUUUUACAUAGUUGAAUGUGCUGACAACAAAAUCA